GGGGCUUGGCUCAGAGUUUCAUUUCAUCGGGUUGAAAUCGGGGCGUUUCUUCGUGGAGCUGCAGUAGUGCGGUAGACAGUGAGUGGUCGAACAUUCAGUCCGCAGCCUCUCAAACACAGACCGCAGCAGUGCAGCCAUCAGCAGCAGGAGCAAUGGCGACCGCCAUCGCAGCGACGUCGUUGGCCGCAUCUUCCUUCUGUGGAUCAUGCCGCGAGGUUGGGUCCGUCGAGAGCGUCGCGUAUAGCAGGGUAUUCGGAGCACCCAGCAAUGCCGCCAGGAUUGUUUGCCGAUCGGCCAUAAAGAAGGCCGCAUCUGCUGCCAAGGGAGCUGUGAAGAAGGCCGCACCCAGACCCGGAAGUGCGGACCGCCCAUUGUGGUUUCCCGGUGCACAGGCUCCCGCGUGGUUGGACGGUACGCUUGUUGGAGAUUACGGAUUUGAUCCUCUUGGUUUGGGCAAGCCCGCAGAGUACUUGCAAUAUGAAUUGGACUCACUUAACCAGAACUUGGCCAAGAAUGAGUUUGGUGAUGUUAUUGGAGUCCGCGUGGACAAGAAGGCAGACUUGAACCCCACACCAUUCCAGCCGUACAGUGAGGUAUUUGGGCUUCAAAGGUUCAGAGAAUGUGAGCUCAUCCACGGAAGAUGGUGUAUGCUCGCCACUCUUGGUGCGCUCUCAGUCGAGGCAUUCACUGGCGUUACCUGGCAAGAUGCCGGAAAGGUUGAACUCAUCGAAGGGUCAACUUACUUUGGACUUCCACUGCCCUUCUCCAUUUCUGCUUUGGUUUGGAUUGAGGUCCUCCUCAUCGGAUACAUUGAGUUCCAGAGGAAUGCCGAGCUCGACCCGGAGAGGAGGUUGUACCCAGGAGGGAAGUACUUCGACCCGUUGGGACUCGCCUCAGACCCCGAGAAGAAGGAGAUCUUGAAGCUUGCUGAAAUCAAGCACGCCCGUCUUGCUAUGAUUGGUGCCUUGGGAUUCGCUGUUCAAGCCGCUGCUACUGGAAAGGGCCCCCUCGACAACUGGGCGACUCACUUGAGCGACCCUCUCCACACGACCAUCAUCGACACCUUCUCUAAGUGAUGUGACAUAGAUGAAGCUGCGAUAUGUAAUUUCUAGUUGGUUUCCCGAGAGCUGUAACAAAUGUAACAUGUUGGAUCGUUAUUUCAAGUCAAUGUAGAUAUUCAACAUUUCAUCCGCGCACUGGAAUGGUAGCUCUUGCUAUCAUUUCUAGCUUUGUGGCUUGGCCUUGACUUGUAUCCCGCCUUAGCACGUAUUAUUCAACCUCGUUGCAGUCCUUCGUGUGCAGUGUGUCGCACCCUGGAAAUAAUUUGUCGAUUUCUCCAGUUAAUGAUAAAUCUAUCUUCCUUUUCGUGAGGGUAGUUUCAGCUAUUUAUUCUG